AUGUAUGAUGAUCCAAGUAAUCCCUUCUAUCUCCACUAUUCUGAUCAACCAGGUUUGGUUCUUGUGACUCAACAAUUGACACAAGACAAUUAUCCUCUUUGGAGCCAUGCCAUGCUCACGGCUCUCAUCACCAAGAACAAAGAUGGCUUUGUGGACGGAUCCAUCACGAAACCACCAGAAACAUCCACCAAGGAACACAAACAAUGGACUCGCAGCAAUCUCCUUGUCAAGGGUUGGAUCCUCAACACUAUGUCACCAAACACUCAAAGUGUGAUGUACAAUGACAGUGACUUCAAAGAUCUGGCGGGAAUUGAAAGAACGUUUCUCUCAUACGAAUAG